UUCAAUCCUUUCUGUCUAUAUCCUGUUCCUUUUCUUCUCUCUAAACUGUUUCAGGCGUUUCCCAUCGAAAUCGUUGUCCGGAAUACUUUUUCUCUAUGUGUUUUUAAGAUAUAUAUAGGUUUUGAGUGUAGAAAUGGGGAAUGCGAACGGAAGAGAAGGUGUUGACGGCGCAGCGUCGGAAAAUUCCAACCAUGCUCCGACGUCACGUGUUGGUUCGGCUGAUUUAAUGGCGAGUUCUCCACCUCCCAACCGCCGCCAAUCUGGCUCUCCUCUCUUGUUUACUCCUCAGAUUCCAGCUGUUCCUUUGCAGAGAGGUGAUGGCCCUCUUUAUCUCAAUCAACUGCGGCAGAAUGAAUCUAGGGGAGCUGCUGAUCACCCCCUUGAACAAGGUGUACCUACUUUGAUAACUUGGAGCUAUGGUGGUAACAAUGUGGCAGUGGAAGGAUCUUGGGACAAUUGGAGUAUAAGAAAGAUACUCCAAAGAUCCGGUAAGGAUCACUCAAUUCUCGUGGUCCUCCCAUCGGGCAUAUAUCAUUACAAGUUCAUUGUGGAUGGAAAAUUUAGAUAUUCUCCAGAUCUUCCAUGUGAAGCAGAUCAGUCGGGCUCUAUCUGUAAUAUCCUUGAUGUCCAUGAGUAUGUUCCAGAAAACCUUGAUAGUGUAGCCGAGUUCGAGGCUCCCCAAUCACCAGAGUCGAGCUAUAGUCAAACUUUCCCAGGAGACGAAGAUUUUGCGAAGGAUCCCAUGGCAGUUCCACCUCAACUCCAUUUAUCCGUUCUCGACGCUGAAAACUCAGAUGAAACUGCUUCUUCUUCAACACCCCAACACGUGGUGCUCAACCACCUCUUUAUAGAGAAAGGAUGGUCGUCUCAGUCCAUGGUUGCUCUUGGUAUGACUCACAGGUACCAGUCUAAGUAUGUAACAGUCGUCCUAUAUAAGCCACUCAAGAGGUGAACCUCCUAUGAAUGUGAUAAACUUUUGUUUCAACAUUUCUUCCUUGACAUGGCACUUCUACUGAUGGAAGUGCUCGACAAUCUUUUUGUGUAUAAAUUCCAAGCAUUUUGGUUCAAGUAUAAUAGUUUGUGGUUAUCUCAUUUUCAGUUUA